AUGGCUGACCAUAUCGAUCAGGAGGUUGCCGCCUCCCUAUCAUUGGCUUUAUGGAUGGCCUCCUCAGAAGUAGACCAGAAAGCCUUGGGCAAUUUCGCUGCGGCAAUGGCCCUCGAAAACCCCCUGUUGUCCGCGAUGCUAUAUAAAGUCCUUGGAAUAUCAGUCAUGCUAUCAAAGAAACUCCUCCGCGCUCGCCGACUACGCCGACUAGACACAACCCGCGAAACCAAAUCUCUCCAGCUCUACCACCACAUCAUCUGGCUCUCACGCGAAGGCCUAUUCAUUCUAGAAGGCUACAUAAUCCCAAUGGUUUCCCCAUACGUCGAACUAAAGGUCCUCUCCUACAAACUGCGCGCCUCAUUCUACCACAUCGUCGUCCUAUUCCACAACAGACCCGUCAUCCAAUCAGAUCCCCAUCCACCCCCGAAUCUAAAACAUGAAUCCAUAUACGGGCCAGACGCACUCACAGCCCUCCGCGCAUUCGACCCCCAAAAUAAAACGCCACACCCCCCAGGCCUGGAACCCGUCCAACCAGUACAACCUAUCUCCUCAUUCCUACUCCCUCCACUCGACUACACCGCCACCGCAACGGCAUGCUUUAACCACGCCGCCAUGCUAGCCGAAAAACUCCUUCCAGGCUCCCACCCGCUCCGACUCUCCGUCAAGCUCGAAUACGCCGCAUACCUGUACGACUGCCUCCAAGAUCCAAUCGGCUGCCGCCGGCUUGCCAAGCGCGCAAUCGCAGAUGUGUACAACGCACAAGAAGGCAUGGACGACGAGAGCUUCGAAGAUGCAGCUGAGAUCGUCGGUGUAUUGGGGAAGAUGGUGAAGCGUGGUGGGAAGGCUGGGAGCAGUACUGCGGCUAGUAGUGUGUCGCGGGGUGAUAUGUCGCGGAGUCGGAGUAGUAGGAGUCUUUCGCAUUUGGAUGCGAGUAUUCCUACCACUGUUUCUCCGGUUCCUGUUACGAAGACUACGCCUAAUCCUUCUACGACUGUUAUGGAGCCCGCUGUGCCGCAUGUGUCUAUGAUUAAUCCGAUUUGA